AUGGCAAAAGAAAUUGAUGCCAAAGAAACAAAACAAAGUGGAAAGUAUAAUGAUAAUAAUGGAAAACAUGCUGAGCAGAAGCAAAAGGAGGAGGGGGAGGAGGUGAAACAAAAAUUCAAAGAAAAUUUACAAACAAAAUAUUAUGUGCCUCUUAAUAGUUUGAGCAAUGACUGGCUUGGACAUUUGCCACAAUUUCAACUACAGCCACAACAACUGCAAUUAUUUUUGCAACAGCCUCAACUGCAACAAGAACAAUCAACUUCAGCAUCCUCAUCAUCAACAGCAGCAGCAACGCAGUCAACAUCAGCUGCAGCAGUAGAUUCUUUAUUGCCACAGGAGUAUCAUCUUUUAUCCGAUUACAGUUUUCUGUUUAAUGCCGAACGUCAUACCGGAUUCUAUCUACAUACAUUAACACAACAACAAGAUUAUAUGGCAGUUGCCACAAAACAAGCAUCAUCAUCACCACCAGCACCCGCAGCAGCAGCAUCAACUGCAACAUUAGCAUCAUUUAAGCAAGAUGUUGCUCAAGAUUUAUACAAUGAUGAAGAUUAUUAUGAUGCGGAUGAUGAUGUUGACAAUAAUGAUAAUGAGGACUACUACUACAACUUUUAUGAUCCAGAUGAUGAUGCUGAUGCUAAUGAUGAUGAAAAUGUUAAUGCUAGUGAAACCGAUGCAAUGAAGACAAUGGUAAAUUUAACAAAUCCAAGAGUUUUAAAUGUUGUUACCGAUACAAUUGGUGCAGUAUUUGGUGUAAAUACUCGGCCUGUUGCUGGCAUUCAAGGCAUACACAUCGAAGAAAUACAAUUGUAUAAUGGGCUGUCAUUAAGACAAUCAAGGUUUAAUCCCUUCAAUCCUUGUAGAAUCCUCAUACAUGGCUGGCUGGGCGGCUCUCAUGCCGGCAUCUAUAACACUUUGGUGCCCGAAUAUUUUAAACUACAAGAGGGCAACUAUAAUAUCAUUACCGUUGAUUGGGGCAAAGGUGCAAUAGCUGACUAUAUAACUGCCAGCUAUAGAGUCAAACCUGUAGGCAUAGUAGUGGCUAAAUUUAUCGAUUUUCUACAUCAAGAAUCAGGCAUCCCAUUCGCAAAUAUACAUGUCAUAGGCUUCAGCAUGGGUGCCCAUAUAGCGGGUAUCUCAGGAAAAUUUGUACAAACUGGUAGAUUACCAGUAAUCUAUGGUCUAGAUCCAGCUUUACCAUUAUUUCGUUAUGAAAAUGUUAACGAAAGACUUGAUCUUAGAGAUGCCGAAUAUGUUGAGGUGCUGCAUACCAGUGUCGGUUCCUAUGGCUAUGAUCAUCCAUUGGGUCAUGUAGAUUUUUAUAUUAAUUAUGGUUACAAUCAACCGGGUUGUUUUUUCAAUGAAUGUUCUCAUUUUAGAGCUUUUCAAGUAUUUGCUCAAACUUUAAGAAAUGAAUUGUUAAUGGGUUCCGAAUGUUUAGGAGAAAUGUGGUGGGAUAUGAUUAAACAUAAGAGAUGUUUAAGGGAAAUGGGUAGAAGUUUAAAAAUAGGUGUAGAGGGUAUGACAGCAAAUGAAAUGGCUUUAAGGCGGGGUUUAUAUUAUGUGAUUACUAAUGCUCAACCACCCUAUAAGGUGGGGUGA